AUGUCGUCUCGAACUGGCCUGCUGACGGCCGUACAUUUGACGAACAUUGCAAAAACACUGUCCGCAACUCGUUCGCACGCAUUGAAUACCUUAUACCUACAAUUUCACCCAAAAGUAGCCGAAAGUGUUACAUGCCCAAGGGCGCUUGGUCGAUUUGUCGCGAGUGUAUACCAAUCGUCUGUGAGCUGGAUCGGAAAUGAUGUAGAUUUGCGCAUUGUGACCGGAUCACUACGAUCGAGUGGUACCGGGUUUCAAUCGUUUGUUGAUCGAUCACAUCCAGCAAAGGUGGACUAUCUAUUUUACGACUACGCUCUCAGUUCAUCGUCGUUGGGUGAGGAAAAGAAUCUUGCCGAGCGGUAUCCGGGUGUGCAGGUGGUGGAGUUGGGUACGGAAAGCGUGGAAAGCUUUGGGUUGCCUCCGGAUGUUGAAAAGGAUACACAAACCUACCCUAAUGUGGUGCUCGGCGGAACGUUCGAUCGGCUACACGCUGGCCAUAAAGUAUUGCUCACACAGGCGGUCCUGCUUGCCACUGAACGGGUUGUUGUCGGUGUAACCGACGGUGCGAUGAUAAAGAGCAAAAAGCUUCAUGAACUAAUCCUCCCGGCAGAACGGCGGAUAGAGAUUGUAAAGGAGUUUCUGGAAGAAAUCGACGCAUCACUGCGCUACGAAGUGGUUCCGAUUCUCGAUCCUUUCGGACCUACAGCCACUGACCCGAAUAUGGACCUUAUUGUGGUCAGUACAGAAACGGCUCGCGGUGGCGCGAAAGUAAAUGAAUUACGCGAGCGCAACGGGUUGAACCAGCUGCAGGUGCAUACGAUUGAACUUCUGGACGAUGAGAGCACCAUUGAGGAUAAGGAGGACAAAAUUAGUUCCAGUAAUCAGCGCAUGGAUUUGCUAGGCAGUCGAUUGAAACCACGCAAGCCCACUCCAAGCAAUCUAGGGGUGAAACCGUACGUUAUCGGCUUGGUAGGUGGAAUCGCAUCUGGUAAGAGCAAAAUGCUCGACCGCUUUCGGCAACUCGGUGCUGGGGUUAUCGAUUGUGAUAAAAUCGGUCACGAGCUUUACGAACCGGGAGAGGAAUGCUACGAUGAAGUAGUGGCUGUAUUCGGCCGAGAAAUCCUUCAUCCAGAUGGAACAAUAAACCGCCAAGCUUUGGGUGGAAUUGUGUUCGCCGAUCGGGAAAAGUUGAACCAAUUAAACAAAAUCAUGUGGCAAAGGAUUGCGCAACGUUCGAAAGAGAAGAUCCGUACGCUUUACGAGCAACACGGCAAUGAAGUGGUCGUCAUGGAGGCCGCCUUACUGCUCCGUGCUGGAUGGCAUGAUAACUGCCACGAGGUGUGGUCGUGUAUUAUUCCCCGCGAUGAAGCAAUACGGCGAUUGAUGGAACGAAAUAACCUCUCGGAACAGGAUGCGAUGCAUCGCGUUGAAGCUCAGGUGUGUACUAAUGAGGAAAUGGUACAACAAUCGGACAUCGUUUUCUGUACCUUAUGGAGCUACGAGUACUCGCAGCAACAAGCGGAAAAAGCAUGGAGCAUUGUUCAAAAGGAGAUAAAGCUGAAACUUUAAGUUCAAAAGCUGCUCGUAGGAGAAUAUGGUUUUAUUUGUUUUAAACAGUUUUAAAUAUCUAUUCGAAAAUGGACACAGGGGAAAUAAAGAUAGAAAACGAUUAUA